AUGUCUGUCAACUUAUCGUCUAGUGAAACUGUGCGUUUGGAACAGCAAUACUCCGCCCACAACUACCACCCGCUUCCAGUGGUGUUCCAGCGUGCGUCGGGCGCGCAUGUUUGGGACCCAGAGGGCAAAGAAUACCUGGAUUUUUUGUCGGCCUAUUCUGCCGUCAACCAAGGCCAUUGCCAUCCAGAAAUCAUCGCCGCUCUGGUCGAUCAGGCCUCCAAGCUCACUCUUUCCUCGCGAGCCUUUUCCAACGACGUUUUCGCCGCUUUCGCCAAAUACGUCACAGAUUAUUUCAACUACGAAAUGGUCUUGCCCAUGAACACCGGCGCAGAAGCCGUUGAAACCGCCCUGAAACUCGCCAGACGCUGGGGUUACACCAAAAAAAACAUCCCCGCAAACCAGGCCAUUGUUCUAGGCGCCCACAGCAACUUCCACGGCCGCACCUUUGGAGCCAUCUCCCUCUCGACCGAUGACGACUCGCGCAACAACUUUGGCCCCUUCUUGGAGAACACCACUGCUAAGAUCCCCAAUGGUAACGGGGACUACAUUCGCUACGGAGUCGUGGAAGACGUCGAACGCGCCUUCAAGAACGCCGGUGACCGUAUCGCUGCUUUGAUCUUGGAACCCAUCCAAGGUGAGGCCGGUAUUGUUGUUCCAGACAAGACUUAUUUGACAGAGGUUCAAAAACUGUGUCGCCAAUACAACGUUUUGCUGAUCUGCGAUGAAAUUCAGACUGGUAUUGCCCGCACCGGCAAAAUGUUGUGCUACGAGCACUCUCCAGAUGUUAAGCCCGAUAUGGUCCUUCUGGGUAAAGCCAUUUCCGGUGGUGUCUUACCAGUCUCCUGCGUUCUCUCCUCCAGAGAAAUCAUGCUAUGUCUUGAGCCCGGUUCUCACGGCUCUACUUACGGAGGUAACCCAUUGUCCUCCCGCGUGGCCAUUGCUGCCUUGGAAGUGGUUAGAAAGGAAAACCUGGUUCAAAGAGCACAAGAUUUGGGUGAAUACUUGCAGAAAGAACUGCUGGAUUUGAAAGCAUCUGCUGGCGGUAUCAUAUCUGAAGUUCGUGGUAAAGGCUUGCUCACAGCUAUUGUUAUCGACCCUGAGCAGGCCAACGGCAGAACCGCUUGGGACUUGUGUCUGCUCAUGAAAGAUCAAGGUGUUCUAGCGAAGCCUACACAUGAGCACAUAAUCAGAUUGGCCCCACCUUUGGUCAUCGCCAAGGAAGACUUGGACAAAGGUGUUGACGCCAUCAGAAAAUCUUUGCAGCUACUCCCAACUGUCGAAAAGGCCGCUCACUGA